GAUUUGCGCAGGCGUGGCGUUGACAGCCGCACUCUACCUGAUCCGCAGAGAGUGAUUAUAAUAAUAAUGGCGUGGAAAUCGGGAGGAGCGAGCCACGCAGAGCUGGUCAACAACCUCCGCAAGCGCAUGUCUAGUGAAACCAAGGACUUCUAGGUUGAAAGUUCUACCUGUCAAUCAACCGCUAUGCUAAAACAAGAUUUUUAAACUUUGCUGUGUGUGGCUUUAAAGCGCAUUCACAUGGACAAGACCUCAUGGAUCUUCUUCAGAAUGUCUGCUAUCAACAUGCAAGCAGUGACACGGAUGAUGUAGCCUACAAUCUAAAGCUGAAUAAUACAGAGAAUGGGAUCAUUAAAUCGGACCGUGUAUAUGAAGUUAUGUUGGCUACAGAUCGUGCCCAUUUCUCCAGAUGUAAUCCAUAUAUGGACUCGCCACAAUCUUUAGGUUACCAAGCAACAAUCAGUGCACCACAUAUGCAUGCAUACGCACUGGAGCUUCUCCAUGAUCACCUGUACGAGGGAGCAAAGGCUCUGGAUGUGGGAUCAGGUUCUGGAAUCCUGUCCGUCUGCUUUGCCAGAAUGGUUGGUCCGAAAGGGAAGGUGAUUGGCAUUGAUCAUAUAAAGGAACUAGUGGAUGACUCCAUAACUAAUGUAAAGAAAGACGACCCUAGUUUGAUCUCUUCAGGGAGGAUCAAACUCAUCGUUGGAGAUGGAAGAAUGGGCUAUACUGAGGAAGCACCUUAUGAUGCCAUACAUGUUGGAGCUGCAGCUCCUACUGUUCCACAAGCAUUGUUGGACCAGCUUAAGCCAGGUGGGCGUCUGAUUCUGCCAGUCGGGCCAGCAGGAGGAAACCAGAUGUUGGAGCAGCAUGACAAACUGGAGGAUGGCAGUACCAAAAUGAAGCCACUGAUGGGCGUGAUUUACGUGCCUUUAACAGACAAAGAAAAGCAGUGGUCCAGGGAUGAACUUUGAAAGGAUGAUCUGGCAAUACUCCUCACACCACGUGUACACACACACACACACACACACACACACACACACACACACACACACACACACAUCCAUAUGGACUUCACAAAGGGGAGAGCCUGCUCUAUUUCCAUACCUGUGACAGUCUGACUGUUGUGAAAGAUGGAUGUAGAGAACAGAUUUUUUUAUUUAACAAGGAAAAUGUGGAAUAGGGCUUUGUGUUGACAUUUUCACGCCUGCAGUUUGAGGAUUGUGUGAAUGCAGUGUUUUGUUUUGUUUUUGGAUGCACAGGUGCACAUUUCUUGUGAUAACUUCAAUAUUACAGUCAGUUGGAUUGUUUUCUUCAUGCAUCUCUGCUUAUUGUAAAUUGAAUAUGCGGGUUGGCUGUUGCGCUGAAUUCAGCCUGUUAUUAAAGCAUAAUUGCUACUGUACAUAAGGUGUAGAGCUCUCUUUGCUCUACAUAUCAACAUUAACAGUAAUGGCUUGUGUUUUCAGCGAAAGCAUGCACUGCCCAGACAGAAAAAAAAACACUUGAGACACAACUUUACAUUUGGUCAUUUCAGAAUUGAGUUCUAAAGCAAUAAGCCAUGAGAGGCCAUGCGUUAAAGUGAUCUUACCAUGGUAAUGCGGUGUUCUUAGGCACAGUGUCAAUUGAACCUCAUUAAUCAGGGUCAGUGUUGGGUAAGUUACUCAAAAAAGUGAUCCACUACAAAUCUAAAACUAAUCUGAUUAGAGAGAAGUUUUUUUUUUUUCCACUCAACAAUUCCAAAUGUAUUGUUCCUCAUACAUUGUCGCAUGUGAGUCAAACACUUAGCACCACACAUUUCUCCUUUGUUAGGGGCCGCACGUCCUUCAGCUGUCGCAGAACCGCAAACAGACAUAAACAAUUCAUUUAAAGGUAUUCUACAUAACAUGUAACCCAAGGAACAUACGUAAAAGAACUUAACUGAAAGUGAAUGUAAUUUGAUUACAAGAAUUUAAAAUGUAAUGUAUUACAAUACUUGUUGACUUCAAAAUUAAUUCGAUUAUAUCCACUUAUUACUUAUUACUCCGAUUACACCCAACACUGAUCAUGGUAAAAUCACGCAGCCUCGAAUGGCUAAGAAAGGCCAAUGAUACAGUCAGCUGGUAGCAUUAAAAAAAAAACCCUGACAGGGUGAUCGUGACCAGGGUCUUGUAUCACCCUGAAGGGGUUUAUUUUGCGAUAAAGUCAGGCUGACUGCACAAUAUUCUGCUUAUUACAUUUAUUAACCAAAUAAAUACAUACAUGGACGUGAAAUAUUGAUUUGGGUUAAAUUGUUGCUAUGUGACUAGAAAGAGUGCAGAGUGAUAUGAGAGCCAUAAAUUUAGAACAGCUAUAUAGGGAAACACUUGCCUGUUUACAACGGUCAAUUUUAUAUAAAAAUAUUUGACCGCAAAAUGCCAUCAUUGACCAAUCCGAAUCAAGUAUUCUAGAGAGUCAUUUAAUAAUUGCUUUUAUAAAAUGGCAGCAACAGCAAUAUGAUUGAAGACACUAAUGUCGAAAUAAUAGUUAUAAAUAAUUGGAAUAAACUAUUCUUGUACCAAGUAACAUUAACUGUAGGCUGUUUACAGUUGCCAAGCAACAAAGCAAUGUGGUGCAUUACUAUAGAAAGUGCGGUCACAGGUGAGUGUUUAUCUCUAUUUUUACAGCAUCCCUGAAUGCAGCUUAUCCAAACAGACAUCAGAAAUAUCCGCUUAAUUUGAAAUUUAAGAACACUCUAAAACACCGUUAAAGCAGAGCUGGGUCUACAUUUGGAGCACAAGUUUUGCAAUUGUCCACAUUACUUCAGAAAAUCAGAAUAAGCUGUAUACCAAUAUCCAUCUCUCACUUACAUGUGCAGCAGAUAUCUGGGACACUGGACUCAGCUAAAGCUUCACAAUGGUCAUUUUGAUUGUCAGUGGUUUUCAUUGAUACAUCUCUGAAUGUUUGUGUGUUAGCUGCCCACACAAAUAUGGCUUUGAAUUAAUAAACACGGCUAAGCACUGAA